GGCGGGCUCGGUGCUGGCAGUGGGGGUCACAGGCCAUGGAGCCGAGCCAGGAGGGUGCCUGAAGCUGCCAGAAGGAGCGUGAGGGGGUGGGGGAUAUGGAGCCCCCCAACAGCAGCGUGGCUGGGCCGACACACUCGUGUUUCGGGGUGUUCAACGCCAGCGACGGCCGCGCCAACGCGCGGAACAGCAUCGCCUCGCCCUGGUUCUCCACGGCCUUCGGCCUCAUCGGCCUCUGCUCCAACCUCUUCGCCCUCUGCGUCCUGCUCAGCUCCUCCCGCAAGCUCUCCAGCCACGCCCGCUCCUCCUUCCUCGUCUUCCUCUGCGGGCUGGUGGUCACGGACUUCAUGGGGCUGCUGGUGACAGCCUCGGUCAUCAUCCCCUACCACUUCAUCAAGUUCCCCUGGGCCGAGGUGGACCCCGACUGCCACCUCUGCAACUUCCUCGGCUUCUCCAUGGUGUUCUUCGGGCAGUGCCCGCUGCUGCUGGGGGCCACCAUGGCCGGGGAGCGGUUCCUGGGCAUCAACCGCCCCUUCUCCCGCUCCACCAGCAUCUCCAAGCGCCGUGCCUGGGCCAUGGUGGGGCUGGUGUGGGGCUUCUCCUGCCUGCUGGGGCUGCUGCCGGUGCUGGGGCUGGGCCGGUACACGCUGCAGUUCCCCGGCUCCUGGUGCUUCCUCACCCUCCUGCCCGACACCGGCGACAUCAUCUUCUGCCUGCUCUUCGCUCUGCUGGGGAUCCUGUCGGUGCUGCUCUCCUUCAUCCUCAACACCAUCAGUGUGGUCACGCUCUGCCGCGUCUACCACGACCGCGAGUCGGUGCAGCGGCGCCGCGACAGCGAGGUGGAGAUGAUGGUGCAGCUCGUGGGUAUCAUGAUCAUCGCAACCAUCUGCUGGAUGCCCCUCCUGAUCUUCAUCGUGCAGACGGCGCUGCAGCACCUGCCCGGCGGGCGGGCCCAGGAGCUGCCCACGGACACGCAGGAGAUGCUGCUCAUCUACAUCCGCAUGGUCACCUGGAACCAGAUCCUGGACCCCUGGGUGUACAUCCUGUUCCGGCGGGCGGUGCUGCACCGCGUGUACCCCCGGCUGCGCCCCCGGCCCUCCAUCGUGUCCCUCACCCCCUCCCUGCGCCGCAAGCUCACCGCCGGCUCCGUCCUGCAGUAG